UUUCAAAGCCUAACGAUUUAUAAGAAAUAAAAUUGAAAGUUGAAGGACUAGAAGCAAAGAAAGAGUAAAGCUUAGCGUAAAUGUAAUGGAAGUAGAGAUGGAGGUAGUGAAACGUGUUGAAGAAGAAGAACAAAAGGAGUCGAUUCGCCGCCUUCUUCUAAUCUCACUCUGUUCUGUUUCUUUCUACCCCCAAACAUGGCUUCCCUCUCAAUUCUUGCCUUCGAGCUCUUUAUCUGUUGACACUUUCACCGCGCGAUCGGAAUCUUUUAUCUGCGUUUCUCGUUUCAUGUAAUGGGUAAUUGGAGAGAACGGCCUAGGAGAAAUUUUCGGUACCAGAAGCCUCAAUGGUCGGCGAUAAGAAAUUACGAUCACGAUCCUCCACUAGAGUAUUGGCGAGAUGGUAUUCCUUUAUGGGAAAAGAAAUUUUGCAAAGAGAUUGGUUGUGUGCCAUGGGGUAAAAUAGUUGAUUCCAAGAACUUUAUUUAUUGUCAUACCAAUGUAGUCAAUUGGGAUGAUUCCGCUUGUGAAGAGGCAUUCGACAAUGCCAAAAGACGUUACUGGGUGGAGAUUAAUGGUCAUCAGAGUGACAUCUGUUUGCCUGAUCCAGACAAAUAUAUUGAAGAAAUUGAUUGGAGUCCUGACAUGGAUUCUAAAAUGAUUGAGGAACUGGAUUGGGCAUAUCACACUCCGAAUAUGAAACAACGUGAUGAUUGGUUGGAAUGCAAAAAUAAAAGGACAAGGAAUUCCAGUUCUGUUUGGACAGAAGGCCACAUUGAAGAUUCAGGUGAUGUGGGUAAUCCCUGGGAACAUGAUAAACAAUUCACUGAAAAUAGAGGACAAGGAUGCAGCCAGUGGAAUUUAAGCGAUUUUGGGAAGGUGAACAAUGAUGGCAAUCCUUGGGACAGUAGCAUUGACCAGAGGAACAGGGGUAUGGUGGACAGUGCCUGGAAGGUUAAAGCGAAUCAAGUUGCCACCUCCUGGAAGAAUAAAGGAUCUGCUAGUGAUGCAAGGGGUGUGGUAGACAAUGCCUCGAGAGAUAAAGUGCAUCAAGGUGGCAAUGCCUCCUGGAAGACUAAAGGGUUUGCUAGUGAUGCAAGAAAUAACUCAUGGAGCAGGCACCAGCAGGGUGCUAGUAAUUUUGAUCAUUAUAAUAGGCCUGGGAAUAACAGUUACAAUCAUAAUGUCAGACAUUUAACUGAUAGAACACGGCCGAAUAUUCAUGGAAACAACCAAGAUUGGAAAUAUCAGUAUAGGUAUGGCAAGAGGCCAAAAGAUGCAGAAUUUGAUAGCUUUGGGAGGUAGGGAUCAUGGAAACAUUCCUCCCACACGGGGGAGGGUUUUGAUUAGCGUGUUUCAUGCUGGAGGAGGGUAUUCAAAGCUUCAAAGAGAUUAUUAAUUGUUGUUGUAGGAGUUGAAUCGUCACAUGAAUUUUGAUUUUGCCCACAGGUAGCCGACCAGCCACGCUUCUGUUUUUGCUUUGGUACUGCAGGAUUGAAUAAUACUGCAGGAUUGAAUAAUACUGCAGGAUUUUUGGUAUAAAGAAUUGAAUAUGAAUAACUUGGUUCUUUUGUAAGUCAUUAGGUAGAUUCCUCCCCUCCCAAUUCACCAUCCUUGUACGAUCAGGUCACAUUAAGUUUGUAUCAUUUUGAUUUGAGAAAUCUCUUUUGGGAGGGGCUUUAUAAAAGCAAUAACAGCUCUACUAUCAAUCUAA